GCAGAAAGCCAGCUGAACAGAGUGCGCAGAGUGGCAGUGGCAGCGACGACACAGGCGACACAGGCAGCCCAGGCAACCCGGGCGGCCCAAACAGCCUCAAAGGAAGACUUCGCGACUCAGCUGCUCCGCGGACUGCGAGCUGUGGCGGCAGAGCCCCGCUACAGCAAUCGCAGUCUCCGUGGAGCUAGCGGAAGCCUUUUCUCUUUUUUACUUACCACCUCAUUUCUACUCUAGUGGCUUGGACAACAAGUUCUCUGUGGACUGAUACAAAAAAAACUAGUGCGAUCCUGCCUGGUAUGGACUUGUUGUCCGGGACGUAUAUAUUUGCGGUCCUGUUAGCAUGCGUCGUGUUUCAGUCUGGCGCCCAGGAGAAGAACUACACCAUCCGGGAAGAAAUGCCAGAAAACGUCUUGAUAGGCGACUUGCUGAAAGACCUCAACUUGUCGCUAAUUCCAGACAAGUCUUUAACAACUCCUAUGCAGUUCAAGCUAGUGUACAAGACCGGAGAUGUGCCACUGAUUCGAAUUGAGGAGGGUACUGGUGAGAUCUUCACUACUGGAGCUCGCAUUGAUCGUGAGAAGUUAUGUGCUGGUAUCUUAGCAGACACCCGUUGCUUUUAUGAGGUGGAGGUUGCUGUUCUGCCAGAUGAAAUAUUUAGACUGGUUAAAAUACGUUUUCUGAUAGAAGACAUAAAUGAUAAUGCACCAUUAUUCCCUGCAACGGUUAUCAACAUAUCAAUUCCAGAGAACUCGGCUAUAAACUCUAGAUAUGCUCUCCCAGCGGCCAUUGAUCCUGACAUAGGAAUAAACGGAGUUCAAAACUACCAGCUAAUUAAGGGUCAAAGUAUUUUUGGGCUUGAUGUUAUUGAAACACCAGAAGGAGAGAAGAUGCCACAACUGAUAGUUCAAAAGGAGUUAGAUAGGGAAGAGAAAGAUACAUAUGUAAUGAAAGUAAAGGUUGAAGAUGGUGGCUUUCCUCAAAGAUCCAGUACAGCUAUUUUGCAAGUCAGUGUUGCUGAUACAAACGACAACCAUCCAGUCUUCAAGGAGAAUGAGACUGAAGUCAGUAUACCAGAAAAUGCUCCUGUAGGUACUUCAGUGACACAGCUUCAUGCCACAGAUGCUGACAUAGGUGAAAAUGCCAGGAUUCACUUCUACUUCAGCAAUCUAGUCUCUAGCAUGGCCAAGAGGCUAUUUCACCUCAACUCCACCACCGGACUUAUCACAAUCAAAGAACCACUGGAUAGGGAGGAAUCACCAAACCACAAGUUACUGGUUUUGGCAAGUGAUGGUGGAUUGACGCCAGCAAGAGCGAUGGUGCUAGUAAAUGUCACAGAUGUCAAUGAUAAUGUGCCAUCAAUUGACAUAAGAUAUAUCAUCAAUCCAAUCAAUGGCACUGUGGUUCUUUCAGAAAAUGCUCCACUCAACACCAAAAUUGCUCUCAUAACUGUGACAGAUAAGGAUGCUGACCAUAAUGGUAGGGUGACGUGCUUUACAGAUCAUGAAGUCCCUUUCAGAUUAAGGCCAGUAUUCAGUAAUCAGUUCCUCCUAGAGACUGCUGCAUAUCUUGACUACGAGUCCACAAGAGAAUAUGCCAUUAAAUUACUGGCUGCAGAUGCUGGCAAACCUCCUUUGAAUCAAUCAUCCAUGCUCCUCUUCAAAGUAAAAGAUGAAAAUGACAACGCUCCAGUUUUCACUCAGCCUUUCAUAAGUCUUUCUGUUCCUGAGAAUAACUCUCCUGGCACCCAGUUGACAAAAAUAAGUGCAACGGAUGCAGACACUGGGCGUAACGCUGAGAUAAAUUACCUGCUUGGCAUUGAUGCUCCAUCUGAAUUCAACCUAGAUCAUCGUACAGGCAUACUGACCGUAGUGAAGAAACUGGAUAGAGAAAAACAGGAAAAAUAUUCAUUCACAGUUCUGGCAAAAGAUAAUGGGAUGCCACCUUUAAUAACCAAUGCCACAGUCUUAGUGACUGUUCUUGAUCAGAAUGACAACAGUCCAAUUUUCACUCACAAUGAGUACAACUUCUAUGUCCCAGAAAACCUUCCAAGACAUGGCACAGUAGGACUAAUCACUGUAACUGAUCCUGAUUAUGGAGAAAACUCUGCAGUCACUCUCUCCAUUUUAGAUGCAAAUGAUGACUUCACCAUUGAUCCACAGACUGGUGUCAUCCGCCCGAAUAUUUCAUUUGAUAGAGAAAAACAAGAAUCUUAUACUUUCUAUGUAAAGGCUGAGGAUGGUGGUAGGGUAUCACGUUCUUCAACUGCUAAAGUCACCAUAAAUGUGGUUGAUGUCAAUGACAACAAACCAGUUUUUGUUGUCCCUUCUUCCAACUACUCCUUUGAAUUGGUUCUGCCAUCCACUAAUCCAGGCACAGUGGUCUUCACGGUAGUUGCUGUUGACAACGACACUGGCAUGAAUGCAGAGCUUCAUUACAGCAUUGUAGGAGGAAACACAAAAGGUCUCUUUAUGAUUGACCAAACAACAGGCAACAUUACACUGAAGGAGAAAUGUGUCCUUGCAGACCUUGGUUUACACAAACUGGUUGUCAAAGCUAAGGACUUAGGACAACCUGAUUCUCUCUUCAAUGUUGCAAAUGUUAAUCUAUUUGUGAAUGAGUCAGUGACCAAUGCUACACUGAUUUAUGAAUUGGUGCGCAAAAACAUUGAAACACCAGUGACCCAAAAUAUUGAGACAGCUGAUACAUCCUCACCAUCCAGUGACUAUGUCAAGAUCGUGGUUGCCAUUGUUGCUGGCACCAUAACUGUCAUCCUUGUUAUUUUCAUCACUGCUGUAGUAAGAUGCCGCCAAUCACCACACCUUAAGGCUACUCAGAAAAACAAGCAGAAUUCUGAAUGGGUUACUCCAAACCCAGAAAACAGGCAGAUGAUGAUGAUGAAGAAAAAGAAGAGGAAGAAAAAGAAGCAUACCCCCAAGAACUUGCUGCUUAACUUUGUCACUAUUGAAGAAACUAAGGCAGAUGAUGCUGACAAUGAUGGAAAUAGCAUCACACUAGACCUUCCCAUUGAACUGGAAGAGCAAACCAUGGGCAAGUACAACUGGGGCACUACACCUACUACUUUCAGGCCUGACAGCCCUGAUCUGGCCCAGCACUACAAAUCUGCCUCUCCACAGCCUGCCUUCCAGAUCCAGCCGGAAACUCCCCUGAAUUCGAAGCACCACAUCAUCCAGGAACUGCCUCUUGAUAACACCUUCGUGGGCUGUGAUUCCACCUCCAAAUGUUCCUCCAGCAGUUCUGAUCCCUACAGCGUUUCUGAGUGCAGCUAUCCAGUGACAACUUUCAAGACCCCUGUGUCUGUGCACACCAGACCGCCAAUGAAGGAGGUUUUACGAUCUCACACCCCCAUGAAAGAGACAACUACUGUGGAGAUCUGGACUCAUCCCCAAUCUCAGCGGAAAUCCGAAGGAAAAAAGGCAGGAAAGUCCCAGCGGCGUGUCACAUUUCACCUACCAGAAGGCUCUCAGGAAAGCAGCAGUGAUGGUGGACUGGGAGACCAUGAUAUAGGCAGCCUUACCAGCACAUCCCAUGCCCUGCCCCUUGGCUAUCCUCAGGAGGAGUACUUUGAUCAUGUUGCACCCAACAACCGCACUGAAGGGGAUGGCAACUCUGAUCCUGAAUCCACUUUCAUUCCUGGACUAAAGAAAGCUGCAGAAAUAACUGUUCAACCAACCGUGGAAGAGGCGUCUGACAACUGCACUCAAGAAUGUCUCAUCUUGGGCCACUCUGAUGCCUGCUGGAUGCCAGUUUCUUUGACCCAUUCCAGCCCUUCACAAGCACAGGCCUCUGCUCUAUGCCACAGCCCACCCCUGACGCAGACCACUCUUCGCCGCCGCAACCCUCCGGUGACACAGACCGUUGCGCUCUGCCACAGCCCUCCGAUGACCCAGGCUAUCGCACUGUGCCACAGCCCUCCACCAGCACAGACCUCCACUCUCCACCACAGCCCUCCACCAGCACAGGCCUCAGCCCUCAGCUACAGCCCUCCCCUGGCACAGGCUGCCGCAAUCCACCACAGCCCUCCUCUGCCACAGGCUGCUGUCCUCCAUCGCAGCCCUGCACAACCACCAAUGGGUCUGCAGCAAGGUUGGGGGCAAGGUGCUGGCCCUGAUGGACUACUUUCUCUUGACCAGGAAGCGCAAGGUAGUACAAGAUCUCAGUUUUAUGCCAUGUCUGAAAGACUUCAUCCUAGUGAUGAUUCAAUUAAAGUCAUUCCCUUGACAACCUUCACUCCAGGCCAACAGGCCAGACCCUCUAGGGGUGAUUCUCCCAUUAUGGAAGAACAUCCCUUAUAA